UUACAGAAGCAGCUUUUCUUUUUACUGCUUUGCCUUGGACUCGUGUCAGUAAUGUUUCUUUAUCAAAAUCCUGAUUGGGGCCUGGGAUCCAUCAAGCUUCUUAAUCAUCAAAGACAUUUUUUGGUUACAGUCCAAGCUGGUGAGUUAAUAGUUUAAUCUAUACACGUAUUGUUACUUUGAACUCCCGGGGGUCAUUUUAACAUUUACCACUCUUGUAUGGGCCAUUCCUUCCUUUUAUUGGACAGUAAGUCUUUUACAUUGGAGGUAGGAUUAGUCAACCUGUGCGGGUAGUGUAUCCCUUUUAAAAGGGUCAUUUUCCACCAUGACAAUGGUCGCUUUUAGUGAGCGCCUUUAAAUGCUCCUUUCAAGUUAUCUGUAGUCAACCCGUCGUUCUCCAAGCAAACGGCAAACUUCCUGAUCAUGGGCAGCCUCUGCUAUGUAUUUCUUUGGCCGUUGGCCGUUAGGUUUGCCUCGCAGAGUAAUCCCAUAUGAAGUUCAUGUUACGUUGACGUCGGAUAUAUCAACAAUCGGUUGGUCAUCCGCCCCUGCGAGUAUUUGCUUUGGGUUCAUGUAGUAAACCUGUGCAUUGUAAAUCUCAGUUUAUUGGCCCUUUCGCCAAAACGUUUGAGGAAAUCGUCAGUAAAACAUCAAACAUCUUUUAAGCUUCAACAAUGAUUAAUCUGCUCUUGGCUUAAUCAUAGUGGUCUCCUUACGUUAUUGAAAUGAUGCUUUAAUUAUUUACUUCACUGUUUUUUUUCUACUAUUUGAUUUUUUAGAUAAAGCCAGAAACCCUGAGCAACUUACAAUAAAUGGAGUCCACGACAUGACAGAAGCAGAGAUUAACCAACAAAGAACUUUGGAUUUAAAGCAAAGACUUCUUCUUCUAUCAGACGAAGAGAGCCAUUCGUCUCUCCAAGAAGAAAUAAUCUCAAAGCAGGAUCAGCAGCGCAAAGAUUCUUCUCUGUGUCAGUAUGAAGGAUUACAUAUUGCAACAAAGAAAGCUGUAAAUAUGAGUUGUGUGCCCUAUAAGAGAUCUGACAAGGAUUGCCAUGAAGCCUUUAGUUACUUUGGGAUGUUCAACGUUACGAAUUCAGAUACACAUGACUGCGUAAUGCUUCCUAGUCGGCCAAUUUGUUCAUUUCUCACGGAGUCGAGGUUUGGCCCCACAGAGAGAGUUUCUGUGACAUGUUGGAGAGACGUGUGCGACAAGUCAUCACCAGUCUUUCUCGGCUGUGCGGAUCCCAGGUUUGGAAUCGUACACAACGAGAACGAUUGGCGCCAAUUUCACAGCGUGGGAGAAUUGGAGCAAGAGUUACCUGAGAUUGUAUCUCGAACUUCAAUAAAUGGUUUUAACUUUUGUUUACUGAAGUGCAAGGAGAGGAGUAAAAGUGUCAAACAAGCUCUAAUAUUCCCGCCAAUUUUAAAACGUGGGACGACGAAAACAGAUCAUGCAAAUAGAAAGAUAAACAUUAAUAUUGUACUUGAGGAUUCAGUUUCUCGGUCACACUUUUACAGAUCCAUGCCUCGGUCGGUCCAGUCUCUUCGUGAUAUUGCAAAAGAUUCUAGUUUCCAGGCAAGUGUGCUGGAUUUUGAGCUCGUUCAAAGCUUUGCCUCCAACACUCUUGUGAACACCCAGUUUUUGAUGGCAGGCAAAUCACUAGAGUAUAAAUCAGGAAGAACAAACAAUAUAAACAUACUCGCGGAGAAGUUUAAACGCUUUGGAUAUCAAAUUUUAAUGCAGGAAGACUUGUGUUGGUAUGAUGGGUGGGGAACUUUUCUCUCCCCUUCUUACAAGAAAAACAUCGAACCUUUCACAGAAGGAUUCAAGCAAGCUUUUGAAAACUACAAACAAGAAACCAAUCCUUAUUUAGACAAUGUGGGUCUCAAUUAUCUUUCUUGUGAGAUCCUAAAGGAUCUUGGAUUUACGAAUCCUUUCGGGCGUAAAAAAGGCGACAACACUCUUUGUUGGGAUGGCAGAUCACUGAGUGAAUAUCUUCUUUUUUACGUUCGAAGAUUUCUGUCAUUAAUAGAUCAAAAUCCUGCGGCUGCUCCUGGAUUAACUUAUACUCAUCUUAAUACAGGACACGAACCCUCUGGAAAGCGCAUUCGAAACGACGAUCGACUUUUGUCAAGAUUUCUUGAAGAAAUGGUUAGAAGCGAAAACACUUUGACAAUCAUUCUCUCAGAUCAUGGAGGUAAGACAACAGAUUAUGCUAUCCAAACACUGCAAGGAAGUUUAGAGGUUUAUAGCCCAAUGCUUUUUAUGAUCAUUCCACAUAAAGUAGCACAACGCUUGGGCAAAGAUAGACUGAACGCUCUUAUUGAAAACCAAAAGCGCUUAGUCACGGUGUCGGAUUUACACUACACGAUUACUUCCGUCGCAGAGCUGACAGAAAGUGGUGCCGCGGUCAGUCAGACCAGUGGCUUACUGAGACCAGUGUCUGCUACUCGCACAUGCGCAGAUAUACAAGGUCUUCCUUCGGAGGUGAUGUGUCGUUGCGAAGGUUGGACAAAGUUCCUGAGUGCAAAUUCAGUGGAUGUUUUAUGGCUAGCAGGGUUUGCCGUUGGACAUAUUAAUAAUUUAGUGCAGAAACAAUAUUUAGCCGGUAAAUCAGAAAGCAAACACUUAAGUGGAUACGGAAAUUGCGCCAGAUUUGUUGGAAAAGCUAUUGAGCGGCCAAGGCAGGAGAUAGCCGGCAAAUAUUACAUCACAACAAUGAUUUUAGUUGUUGAGCCAGCCUAUGGUAUUAAAUCAAAAGAACGCUUCGAAGUUCAGCUUCGGCACUCAAGCAUUCGAGAACACAGAAUCACCUUCAUUAAAUACACACGACUAAGCUUUUAUAGUAAAUACGAAAAUUGCGCAGACAGGGGCGUGGACGUGAAACUUUGCGCCUGUGCGACUCCGCGCCAAGGAUCGCAUCAAUUAUCAGUGGAGAAACUGAUCCGCUCUCGCCAUUUUGUAGAUUACGGACUGAAGAGUAGCACGCGAUCACUGAACUCUAAAUGUUUGUUGGUGACUGUACGGAGCCUAAAGAAAUAUAUCGUGUUUAAAAGGCAGCCUCUCUUGAUGAGCAUUGAAGUUGCAAAUGUGUGCAGGGACAUUUCGAUGAAAGUUAAGUUGGGGGGAAUUCACAGGAAAACAAAAUUUUCCCAAACAUUACCGUUGUCUUUAGUCGUUAAGCCAAGGACAAUACAUUAUGUGCUGUCAGUACUCAAUGAGUGGAGGUAUGGCUUUUUUAGACCAGCUUUCAUGCACGUGCCCAUUAACCAGACCGUGGGUGGUGAUCUUUCAAGAAGAAAGCGUGACAUACUAGAGUUUACGUGA